UCCUCUGUUGGUGUUUUGGUCCGGUUGGCUCUGCUGCUCACUCGCCAAAAUGACAGCGAGGAAGUCUGGUUCACGACUGGAGACCGAGAUAGAGCGAUGCCGCUCGGAGACCCAGUGGGACAAGAUACCGGAGUUGGUGCGACAACUCUCGGCUAAGCUGAUAUCAAACGAUGACCUGGGCGAGCUGCUGUUGGGGGAAUGUAAGCUCCAGACGUACCUGAAGGAGAAUCCCAUCAAGCAAGGUGCCAGUCCCAGAGGCCAACGGUCAAAACUGGUGGAGGUCAGGAAGCACCUCACCGCUGCUCUGGACAGAGGAAACCUCAAGCCUGAUUACCUCCAGGAAGCCAGCCUGUUGAUGGCCAAACUCUGCUAUGUGGAGGGAGAAUACAAAGAUGCUUUAGGGCACUAUAGCAAAGUGAACCUGGACGACAUGCAGCUGGUUGGAGCUCCUGUGUACAGGCUGUCUAUGAUAGCAGAGGCUUAUGCGACUAAAGGUUUGUGUCUAGAGAAGGUCCCAGCUGCUUCUCCAUCUCUAUCCAAUAAGAACACUGGGUCUCCAGCGUCGAACAGGAGCACGACGGAGCGGGAGCAGGAGAUCAUCACCUGCUACGAAAAGUCUGGAGACAUUGCUUUGCUCUACCUGCAGGAGGCCGAGAAGGCGUUGUCAGCAGGGAUUCAGAACCGCAGUCCUAAGCCUGGCCCGACAGCUCAGGACCAGGAGCUGGGCUACUUCCUGGAGACAGGCCUGCAGAGGGCCCACGUGAUCCACUUCAAGAACGGCAACCUGACACAAGGUGUGGGCAGGUUUCGGGAGAUUCUUCGGGCUGUUGAGACCAGAACCACCCAGAACCUACGAAUGACCAUAGCCAGACAGCUUGCAGAGAUCUUGCUCCGAGGAAUGUGCGAACAGAGUUACUGGUCUCCUCUUGAAGACCCACCCGUUGUGUCCCCCCUGGAUGAUCCCACACGCCAAGGACACACUCAUAGCAAGAGCUACAGCCUAAGCCGACGCCCACGAGUGUACUCGGGAGAGAAUCUGUUUUGCCCUCAGGAGAACACAGAAGAAGCCUUGCUGCUGCUGCUCAUCAGUGAAUCCAUGGCCAACCGUGAUGCCGUGCUGAGCAGAAUUCCCGAACACAACAAUGAUCGGAUCAUCAGUCUGCAGUCUGCCUCUGUGGUGUACGACCUGCUGACUAUAGCUCUGGGCAGGAGGGGGCAGUAUGAGAUGUUGUCAGAGUGUUUGGAGAGAGCCAUGAAGUUUGCCUUUGAGGAGUUCCACUUGUGGUACCAGCUCGCCUUGUCGCUGAUGGCAGCAGGCAAAUCCGCUCGUGCCGUUAAGGUUCUCAAGGAGUGUAUCCGCCUGAAGCCCGAUGACCCCACCAUCCCGCUGCUGGCCGUAAAACUGUGCAUUGGACCUCUGCACUGGCUUGAUGAAGGGGAGUGCUUUGCAAAGAUGGUGAUUGACAUGGGAGAGAAAGCAGCUGAAUUCAGAGCCAAAGGCUACUUAGCCAUAGGCCUGGUUUACAGCCUCAAAGCCACUGAUGCAUCAUUGCGGAGCACACAGGAGGAGUACCAGAAGAAAGCUUUAGGAGCCUUCCAGAGAGCUCAGAGUCUGUCUCCGACUGACCAUCUGGCAGCCUUCUACCUGGCACUGCAGCUUGCUGUGUCCAGACAGAUCCCCGAAGCACUAGGCUAUGUUCGACAGGCACUGCAGCUUCAAGGAGAUGACGUCCACUCCCUUCACCUGCUAGCCCUGCUUCUCUCUGCACAGAAACACUACCACGACGGUCUCAAUAUCAUAGAGAUGGCUCUGUCUGAGUACCCCGAGAACUUCAAUCUGCUGUAUACCAAGGUGAAGUUGGAGGCGAUGUGUAGAGGACCAGAAGAAGCUCUGCUCACCUGUAAACACAUGCUGCAGAUCUGGAAGAGCUUUUACAACCUUACCAACCCCAGUGAUUCAGGGCGUGGCAGCAGUCUGUUGGAUAGAGCCAUAGCAGACAGGCGACAGCUCAACGCCAUGACUCUGCCUGACUUCAGCGACCCUGAGACUGUCUCAGGUUCUUCCUCUUCGCUCUCUGGUUUCGACCCAGUCUCCCCCACCUCCCCGUCCACCAUGUCCACCCUCUCCUCAACGCUGUCUUCCCCUUCCUCUCCUGUCUUCAGCUUCCAGCCUCCUACUCCUCUCCCUCCACUCAAAAACCCAUCCUUCCGCUCUCCUCUUCCUUCCCUUCCUCCUGCCCUUCCUCUUCCACCUCCACCUCCACCCACCAAGACCAGGACUCACUCCUUUUGCAACCACGCCAUAGUCCGCCAGCUGUCCUCCAACUGCGGCCCUCAGGACGCUAACACUCUUGGUUUUUCCUCCAUGUUUUCUGUUUGUUCGGUGCACGCUACCUCUAUAGCAGCCAGUCGUGUGGAGCAGGCUCUCUCCGAGGUGGCCUCCUCCCUGCAGAGCAGCGCUCCCAAACAUGGACCCCUGCACCCCUGGAUGACCCUGGCUCAGAUCUGGCUCCAUGCAGCUGAGGUGUACAUCGGCAUGUCAAAACCUGCUGAGGCAACAGCGUGCACGCAGGAAGCCGCCAACCUCUUCCCUACAUCCCACAACGUCCUCUACAUGAGGGGACAGAUAGCCGAGCUGAGGGGCAACAUAGACGAAGCCAAACGCUGGUACGAGGAGGCUCUGUCCAUCAACCCGACUCAUGUCAAGACCAUGCAGAGACUGGGUCUGAUCCUGCACCAGCUGCAGCGUUACAGUCUGUCCGAAAAGGUGCUGAGAGACGCCGUGCAGGUCAACAGCACGGCUCACGACGUGUGGAACAGUCUUGGUGAGGUGUUGCAGGCUCAGGGAAAUGCUGCCGCUGCCACUGAGUGUUUCCUCACUGCCUUGGAGCUGGAGGCCAGCAGCCCCAUCCUGCCCUUCACCAUCAUUCCCAGAGCGCUAUGAGACAGACACACACACACACACACACACACACACACACACACAGCAUUCCUUGCAUGCCACAUCACACACCUGUAAAAAGGUGUACUGCCAAACUCUGGCACACACAGAACUCAGAGUGUAUAUAAAUGCAAACAAACAGGCUUCCCUCUGUCUACCCACUCAUCCCACAAUGCCUUUCUGUGACUGUGUCCCACGUCUGUGUGAGUGUCGUCUCGUUCAUCAGAUUCAGUUUGACUCACUAUUCUCAGAAGCCUGAAGGUUGUGUUUACAUGUUGUUUAGUCCAAAAAUUCACACACGCAUUGAGCAAAUUUAACACAAAUGGAUUAUAUUUCCUUUAAAAGCCAAAUAUGCAUACUUGUUGCUGUUCACAUCAGUGCAGCAGAGAACAGUCUUUCAAAUGUGGAUGCAAGCACCACAAUUUCUGUCUGUCUCGUGCCCUUUGUUUUAUUUAUUCUUUUUUUUUUAACAGUUUAUUGAGUUCAGUGGGGUGAGAGACAGGGUUGACUCCAUACAGGCAGAUAACCACUCACUCCUACAGUUUAAAGCCACCAGUUAACCUGAUGGAUCACUGUUUUGAACCAGUUCGUACUUUCAAAUCAGGUUUACUCGCUCACCAAAAGCCAAAAUCUUGUUUUUCUACAGCUGCUUUCUGAUAAUUCACUCAUAAACUACAUCCAGUCUCUUUUUGUUCUGCCCAGUGGUAAUAUUGCUGUGUAUAUAUUUUUUUUUUUUACACUACAAAAACACUUUCCCACUUUGUAUGCACACACACAGACACUAUAGAUCAGGGGCAGAUUGAGCUGGGAUUCGAACCACAAAUGUCCUGAUCUGGCUUCUUGGAGCCAGAGGUGAGAGUCAGGAGUCCAUCCAGGAACUGUGGCUGAACCAAAAGUAUUACCUCUUCUCUAUCACAGCCCUACACCAAUAUCAGCAGUUUAGUGAUUUCAGACUUCUCUGUGGCCAAUGUGUGGUUAAUUUGACACCAGGAUCAUUUGAAAAAGGUGAGCCUUAAAAGCUUUCUGGCCAGCCACCAUUAAUUUGCCAAAAGUGUACGUGCCACUUUUGGUGCUUUUAUCCACUCUGGAAAGGCGCUUGUGUAAUGUUAUCUGCUGCACUGCAUGGAGGGGAUCACUGUUACUGUAUACCUGGCUCAGGAUCAGCCGGGUCUUUAAAGUAUCCACCGGAACAUCGACGGACUGUCACUGAGAAAUAAAUCUGUCUAAAUGCCAAACCCUGGGCUGCAUUCACGCUCACAGAAAAUCUGAUUUCUUGCAGUUUUGCUUCACUUUUUAACUUUGUAUAAAGUAAUAGUUGCGCACAUCAAAGCGCCACCUGCGACAACUCAGACUGCAACAACAUACAAUUUGUGGAAAAUCGUCAGAAUCUGUUACAAGUUUUCCCCCAAAAAUCAGAUUUCCUGUCGAGCGUAAAUGCACCCGCAGUGAUUGUGUUGUCUUUGUGUCCCGUCACCAGAUAAAUUUUUAUUUUUCAUUUGGGUUUUGAUUACAAAUACAAAGAAUUAUUGCUGUAUAUUUGAUUGUUCUACAAUUGUAUUAAUAUUAUUUUAGAGAAUUGCAGAAGCAUAAGAGGAUGGAUGGAUGGAUGGAUGGAUGGAAAUUAUAACUAUUUUCUGGAGAGUGAUGUUACUGAGAUGCUGAGGGAGGGGGACUGAAAGGACAUGAGCUCACUCCGUGAGUCCUUUGUGUUGUAAAUGAUUGAUUAUAAAGACCAAGAUAAUAAAAGUGGAUUAAAAAGAA